AUGCCUCGGAACUCAACUGUGAAAAGUGUCGUGAGCGUACCGAAGACCGAAUCAUUUAAAUUUAUCAGCUUGUCUGACAUCGAAGGAACUUUGAUUUUGAAAACCAAAGAAGGAGAUGAAGAGACCGUUUGCUGCAGAGGUGAUUCCGAAUCGAGCCAAGAUUGUCGUAAGAUUCUGAAGGAAUUUUUCGAUGUCCUCGACUCCAAACAAGUUGACCAACUCCGGCUUUUUGGGAUCAAACACCGAAUGUUCAAUUUCUACAGAAGUUACAAAACAGAAUUCGCAGUUGCCUCGAUUUUUUUCGACCAGUCAACAGAUCUUCAAGUGCUUUACGAUAUCAUUCCAAAGUGCUCCAUUUUGAAGCAUGUUACUCUGAAAGGAACCACGAACUAUUCUUGUGAGAAAGGACCACUCCAACGAUUCGUCUGGAAUAACGACGAGGUUGAAGUUGCUCAGCUGUUGAGCACUCCGGAAGAAGAAAAAGAUAGAAAGAAAUCUCCAAUCGGUUGGAAUUGUCUUCCGGACAAGAUAAAGCUGUUGUGCAUCGAUAGAAUGCACUUCAAGACAAGGGCGGAAAAUGGAAAACACGACGCAGAAGCUUCCUUCGACUUGGUUAUCUCUGCUGUUAAGAACAUUCUCCACUUCUGCGAAACUGAAGCGCUUUGCUUGUACCCUGGUGCAAAAGAAGAAGGAAUGAAACAGUUGCAUGAUGAAUUGAAAGGCAUUGUUCCCUUCAAGAUCUCUACAUUUUUCUCGAUUGUGUUGAACCCCGAAAUUCAGUUUUUCUUCAUUGAAAACUGUAAAGUCGAUCCAAACAUGGUGUUUUUGAGAGUCACUAAACAUUUUACUCCGAAGAAAUAUCUUGAUGCUCCGAAGAAGUGGCUAGCAAUGGACGUCGAGAUCGAUAAGAAAGUAGUCAUUGCAGUUCCAGAGCGAUACUUCAAACCAGAAAUGGAAGUCCUGGCAAAAAAAUUGUCCAAAAGAGUCAUUUCUCAAACCGAUGAAUAUAUGCUUAUUCGUACCAACGAUGAAGCGAAACACAUUCUCGUUUUUGAUUACAACGACCAUAACGACGUCAGCUACAUUUGCUUUCGUGUGAUCUCUUCGAAAAUGGAGGAAUCCGAAUACGGUUUGUAUGACAGGCCAUGGCUUGAUGAUUGCGAGGUUAUUGGCGAUUUUGAGCAAUGUGAUGAAGAGGAAGAAUACGAAUACGAUCCAUCUUCCGGAUACUGUUGUUCCUGA